CCUUCGUACAUAUACCACUGCUGCUGCUCACUGACAAGUUGUGGCGUCUCAAAACAAGACACCGAGGCACUUCGACAUGUUUGGAAACAGGGUCCUUAGCCGGAGCACCGCAAAGCAUAAGUUCCCCAGUUAAACAUAACCAACUCUUAUAUCCUGUGAUGCUUGAUAUAGACUUGCUUCCCCUGUAUGACAUGUCAGUAGUAUCAUCUCACUAUCACCUCCCAGAUACAUACGUACUUGAACAUAGAGUAGUUUCAUAUGAUCUGGACACAGUCCCACCUGGGAUUCAGCCACCAGAGAAGGCAUUUUCCCAACAAGCUCUCGUACGGCGGUUCAUUGAUCAGGAGGGUGCAAGCUUGGGUCGACCCUCUCACGACAUUGUGAGAUAUAGUCACCUUACCAACGGCAAUCGAACCUCGUGGCGAGCCAAAACCCGCAGGCGCUGGCUCGCUCGGACUUGUAUAAAAACAGAACUGAUGUUCCGUUCGUCCAGAGACACCGCUGUCUCUACCAGCAGAAGCAGCAUUGCUAGUCAGUGCCUAGAUAGACGCUCACGUACAUGUCUACUGUUCAAUGAAAGGAAGGGUCCCGCGACCCGGUAUGGGGCUACUUUGCCGAUUAAAACCAAACAAAGUAGCGUUGAUUUUGUACCAUGGCAUGAUUUUGGGGGUGUUGGGUAUUCAAACCAGAUCUCUGGCGAAAGAAGGAGCCGAAAAAAACAGCGUAAAUCAACGCCGCGUUUGACAAGGGCGUCUACGUGCGUUGGCUUUGUGUACCGGAUGGGUAUUGAACUCGUCGAAAGAGGCCCAUCAGUGUCUCAGGGGUAGAUGUAACGGAUACAAGCGGUUACUCUCAAAACUCGUAAACUGGGAUGAUUGCACUGCACAUGACAUAUAGGAAAAGCUAUGGACGAGACUGGAAAAAGAAAGAAGGGAGAGGUACGUAGAGGUAGAUGAGUCCGGCAACAGGAGCCUGGUGGAGAAAGGUCUCACAACAUGCAGGCUGGACCUCGUUAGAGAAUCGUUUCGCCAAGCAGCCGUUGUAAGGGAUAUUGCGUGAGGCUCAAUUGAAUCCGACUCCAACUCGAGUUGCAAAGAGCUUCGCUGAGCUUCUGCAAAGGCAACUGAGGGUCUGGAGCCUUCGAUGUCUUAGUUGAACGUUACCGCUGGACCAGAUUGGGGGGUCGGUGACGC